UUCACUGAACAAGAAAAGGUGCAACUUUACUUACUGGGUAACUGACAAAGGAAGAGGACCCACAUGCUUUAGUAGACAUUGAAAUUCAGCUGCCUCUCCUCUCUUCUCCGAUUUUCUCCAUCUUCAAACCAAACUCGUCUUUUAAAAAUUAUAAUAUUACCUUAAAAAGAUUCCUCUGUUCCUAUUUACCUUUUUUCUUAUCCUUUUUUGCGUAGAAUCUAAGUACCCCUUUUUUUUCUUUCUUUCUUUUGGUUCCAGGGUAUAUACACUACUUUACUCUAAUCCCUUUGUGAUUGUUUUUCGUUACUUAUUAAAUUAUGAUUCAUCAGAAUCCGUUAUUACCAAAGAUUCUUAAUCUCUUCAUGCUCAGUUCACUUCUCACUUCAUUCUGCUAACUCACUAUUUUUCCUUUUUCUUUCUUGCUUUCGCUGUCUUUAAUCGUGGGUGUGGUGCAGUUUUUUUAUUUUUCUGAAGUAAUUUGACUUGGGUUUGAAUUAUUCAUCAAACGUUCUAUUGGGUAUUGCGGAAGUGAAGAGAUUUCGGCAAACAGCCAAUGCUGGUUAAAAGCUUCAACAUCAUGCUACUGAAUUUUGAAGUUUGGAAUCAAGGCAUAACAUUUACUUUUUCAAAAGAAGCUUAAUAGUGAAUAAUUUUGCAUGAAAUGGGUUGGUUUAGAAAGUUGCUUAAAGGUUCUGAUCAUAUUUCACGUGGACAAUACCAAGGCAAAUAUGGAGAAGACAGAAUUUGGGAUACCCAUCGUAGUUCAAUGGAUGAUUUAACAGAUAUAGAGAAAGAAGACAUUGACCGUGCAAUUGCACUCUCUCUGUCAGAGGAGGAUCAUCUUAAAGGGAAAAAAGUUGUUGAGGAUGACUCUCAGUCUGAAGAUGAUAAACUCUGUAAAAUUGACGAUGAGGAAGAUGAAUAUCUUGCUAAAAUUCAGCAAGAAGAUGAAUAUCUUGCUAAAAUUCAGCAAGAAGAUGAAUAUCUUGCUAAAAUUCAGCAAGAAGAGGAUGAACGUCUUGCUAAAAUUCAACAAGAACAUGAGCGUCUUGCUAAACUUCAACAAGAUGAAGAUGAACGUUUGGCUAAAAUUCAACAAGAACAUGAGCGUCUUGCUAAACUUCAACAAGAUGAGGAUGAACGUCUGGCUAAAAUUCAACAAGAUGAAGUUGAACAUCUUGCUAAAGCUCAACUUGAGGAAGACGAGCAACUUGCUCGGGCAAUUCAAGAAAGUUUGACCAUUGAUUCUCCUCCUCGAUCAGACAAUGAUUCUUCAUUUCUAUCUUAUCCUCACCUCUUUCCCCCUGGAUACAGAACCUGUGCUGGGUGCAAGACUGAGAUUGGCCAUGGAAGAUUUUUAAGUUGCAUGGGAGGUGUUUGGCAUCCAGAAUGCUUCUGCUGCCACGCAUGUCGUCUGCCAAUCACUGAUUAUGAGUUUUCCAUGUCUAGCAAUCGCCCUUACCAUAAAUCAUGCUAUAGGGAGAAGCAUCACCCCAGAUGUGAUGUUUGCAAGAGCUUUAUCCCAACUAAUUCAUCUGGCCUCAUUGAGUAUAGAGCUCAUCCUUUCUGGCUGCAAAAAUACUGCCCAUCUCAUGAGCUUGAUGGCACACCUCGUUGCUGUAGCUGUGAAAGAAUGGAGCCAAGGGAUGCAAAAUAUCUUUUGCUUGAUGAUGGUCGAAAGCUAUGUUUAGAGUGUCUAGACUCAUCAAUUAUGGAUACUCAUGAAUGCCAACCUCUCUACCUUGAAAUACAAGAAUUUUAUGAAGGUCUAAAUAUGAAAUUGGAGCAGCAAAUUCCAAUGCUCUUGGUUGAGAGACAAGCUCUGAAUGAGGCCAUGGAGGGAGAAAAGAAUGGUCAUCACCACUUACCUGAAACCAGAGGACUCUGCUUGUCAGAAGAGCAAACUGUAACCACUAUUUCAAGGAGGCCGAGGAUCGGAGCCGGCUACCGAGUCACAGACAUGAUAACUGAACCCUUUAAGCUGAUCCGUCGCUGUGAAGUGACAGCCAUUCUAGUUUUGUAUGGCCUUCCUAGGUUGUUAACAGGAUCAAUCCUAGCUCACGAGAUGAUGCAUGCAUGGCUUAGGCUUAAAGGCUAUCCUAACCUCAGUCCAGAAGUUGAAGAGGGAAUCUGCCAAGUGUUGGCUCAUAUGUGGUUAGAUUCAGAGCUGUAUUCGGGAUCUGGGAAUGGCGGUGCAUCAUCAUCCUCGUCUUCAUCUUCAUCAUCACCUUCCUCCUCUUCUGCAUCAUCAAAGAAGGGUAAACGUUCAGACUUUGAGAAGAAACUUGGUGAGUUUUUUAAACACCAGAUUGAAUCAGAUACCUCCUCAGCUUAUGGAGAUGGAUUCAGAUCGGGUAACAAAGCAAUGCUCAAGUAUGGGCUCAAAAGCACCCUUGAUCAUAUCCAUAUGACAGGAAGUUUUCCAUACUGAAAAUUUUAAACAAGAUAUAAUUUUCUCACCUAUAUAUAUUCAUCAUUACUGCGGCUUCGUCAUAUAAACCAUAUAGUUCAAAGAUUUCAAGAUCAUAUAGUUUAACACUAAGGAAUAAAAUUGCUCCUCUUAUGUUCAAGUUCCUUAAUUUCGUGUCAAAUGUGGCACCUCAUGUUCUAUAUGUAAAACUAAAUACUGCUUAGGAAUUUAGAGGAGCUGAAGCAAUGAAAAGAAAAUUUGAUUA